UUCAGCUCUCACCUAUAUGAAACGUUUGGAAUCCCUUAACAUUUCGAAAAAUAAACUAAAACGUAUACCUCAAUUUAUAUGUGAAUGUUCCCGCCUCAAUGAAUUGAAUCUCAGUGAAAAUACCGAAAUAUGGCACAUUCCAGAAAGGGUUGCCAAUAUGCCGUCGCUACAAAUGCUGUCAGCUGAUAAAUGCUCCUUAAUCUACCUACCAGUGGCUUUGGCCAAAUUCCUCGAUUACUUAAGGAUAUUUAAUAAUUCUGCCAUAACGCACAUACCCAUAAUCUAUGAGAAAUUCUAUCAGAACUAUUUUGAGACUCCCACAAAAUCACCACAUAUUCCCGUCACCCACAGUGAUUUCUUUUGGGUCGUCGAAAAGGAGACAUUCAAAAGAUUACUACUGCCAAUAGGUACCAAAGAAAUCUUUCCCGUACCCUCAAAAGAGAAUCAAGUUACCCUGUAUGAUGAUUGUUUGAAAACAUUGGAGAAUUUAAAUCGCCUCAUGCCAUUUUAUGAAAAUCCUGCAUUAAAAUAUAUGCUCCCCGAAAAAUGUAUGGUCAAUCAUAUACGCAAUGGACCCACGGGACGUUGUACUGUGUUUAAAUGUUCAAAUCCGCUAUUUACCACUUAUUAUUUUAUGGUGGUUAAGAGACGUGGCAGCACCUCUCGCCAGAUAUUUACCUGCUAUUUUUGCACCAUGUACUGCGCUAAUGUUUGGCUCAAUGAAAACAAUAAGAAAUAUUAUUGUAUCGAUUGGGAGAUUUAUGAAGAGCCAAUGGAGUAA